CAGUAAAUGCCAUAUGUAAAACCUAAAAAAGUGAUAAGUAGUUCAAACUUCACUUAUAAACUGUGUUUUUUAUAACCUUAAAUGUUUUAGAAAGUUCAUUGAAAUGAUGUUGAUAUUAUUUAUUGAAUGAGUCUCGAGCUUAAUGAUUUAAGUUCUAAUUAUUUAGACAGAAAAAGAAGAGAGUGCCGAAUACUCGGCAAGUAAGAGCCACCAGAAAAAAGAAGAAGUUAAAAUAAGAGGAUGUUUAUAUUUCUAGUAUUACUCAAAAGUUUUUAUAAAGGGUUGAAUCAAUUUUUAAAAUAAAUAUAUAAAAUGAAGAAAAAGGUGUUAUUGAUGGGUAAAAGUGGUUCUGGUAAAACCAGUAUGAGAUCCAUAAUUUUUGCAAAUUACAUUGCUAGAGAUACGAGGCGUUUAGGAGCUACCAUUGACGUGGAACAUUCACAUGUCCGUUUCCUAGGAAAUUUGGUAUUGAACCUUUGGGAUUGUGGUGGUCAAGAAGCAUUCAUGGAAAAUUAUUUUGCUUCGCAAAGAGAUAAUAUAUUUAAAAAUGUGGAAGUUUUAAUUUAUGUAUUUGAUGUAGAAAGUAGGGAAUUAGAAAGAGAUAUGCAUUAUUAUCAAUCUUGUUUAGAAGCAAUUUUACAAAAUUCUCCUGAAGCCAAAGUAUUCUGUCUUAUACACAAAAUGGAUUUGGUAGCAGAAGAUCAACGAGAUAUUAUUUUUUUAGAAAGGGAAUCAGAUUUAAAGAGAUUAUCAUUACCUUUAGAUUGCACAUGCUUCAGAACAUCUAUUUGGGACGAAACUUUAUACAGAGCUUGGUCUAAUAUAGUUUAUAUGUUAAUACCAAAUGUCAAAGAACUAGAAAACAGCUUACAUCUUUUUGCUAAUAUUGUUGAUGCCGAUGAAGUAUUACUAUUUGAAAAAGCUACGUUUUUAGUAAUAUCACAUUGCCAAAGGAAACAGCAUAGAGAUAUACACAGGUUCGAAAAAGUAUCAAAUAUUAUAAAACAGUUUAAACUUUCUUGUUCCAAAUUAGCUGCACAAUUUCAAAGCAUGGAGGUAAGGAAUACCGCAUUCGCGGCUUAUAUUGAUAUGUUUACAAGUAAUACUUACGUUAUGGUAUGUAUGUCUGAUCCACAAAUCCCUUCAGAAGUUACCUUGAUUAAUAUAAGGAACGCAAGAAAACAUUUUGAGAAGUUGGAAAAAGUGUCUAGUACUCCUCCUGGUAUAAAGUUAGGUAUCUAAUUUGUUUAAAUAUUUUUAUACACACAGGAUGUCCAGAAACUACAUAUAAUAGAUGUAGUUUAUGUUAAUCUAAUCCAAUAUACACCAAAAAAUAAGGACUUGUUUGAAUUUAUGUAAUUUUUUCAAAACCUAUCAAUCACUGUAGGCGUAUCCAAUGAAAAAGUUGGAGAAUAGAACUGACUUAAUAACGUCAUCAUCAAAUUGGUCUAAAUCUCUUAAGAGUAACUUUUGGUUGAAGGUAAAUUAGGACAAACAUUUAGUAUCUGUAGUUUGCGUUUCGAGGAGAUUAUUUGGACAACCUGUAUAAAAUUUAUUGUUGGUAUACGUGAGUCUGGUCAAUUUAUUAUAAUCAAGCUAUAUUAUGACAAAGAUUGAUGCAGUUAUUUCAACAUAUAUGCUAAAAAAAUAAUGCAGUUUUAAUAUUAAUUUUGUUAUUAUUUGUGUAUAAAAAUUUAAUCAAAAUAAUAUAGUUUUAUUUUACUCCUAAAGCGAUGUUCUAAGAAUAGCUUACUAUGCCCAUUCUACCUUCUAAAAAAAUGAUCACAUACAAUAAGUUGGUUCCCUUGAGCAUUACAUGCCCAUAUGAUUGAAAUAAAUUCUCUGAUCAACAACAGGACUGGUUGGGAAAAUUUUAAAUAAUAUUGUAGGUCCUUCGAUAUCCUCAAAUCUCAACAUCUAUUAGGGUUAACGUGAACCAGUGGUAAUUUUCGAUUCGCUUUCUUAAAAGCCCCUUCAAUUUUUCAAUACAUAUCUAUCUUUCAGACAGAACCAACUUAAAUAUAAUGAUGAACAUCUAGACG